ACAAAUCACGAGAGGAGUAACCUCCCCCCCUCGCAGUCCCCCUCACCCCGUGCGGACUUCGCCCUGAGGCCCAGGGAAGGUCCGGCGAUUAGUCUGAGGUCAUGGCCGAUCCCACGGGGCUUGUUCAGACCGUGCUGGGGCCCGUGGCCGUGAAGGCCCUGGGUGUCACACUGCCCCACGAGCACCUGAGCAUGGCUUUCGACUGCUGCUUCGUGGAGCCUCCCGCUGGCCAUGGCCACCGGGCCACCAUGGAGUUCAGCCUGAGCGGCCUGCACUGGAUCCAGCAGCACCCGUACAGCCACAGGGGCAACCUGCGCCUUGGCGAGGAGGAGGAGGCCGUGAGACGGGACCUGCUUGCGUUCCGCGAGGCUGGAGGAGGUGCGCUGGUGGAGAACAGCACCACGGGGUUGUGCCGAGACAUGGGGGCUCUGCAGCGCCUGUCGCGCCAGACAGGGGUGCACGUUGUGGCCGGGACAGGCUUCUACGUGGCCAGCACCCACACCCCAGAAACCCAAGCCAUGACCAUUGAGCAGUUGGCUGGUGUGAUGCGUGGCGACCUGCUGGACGGAGUAGAUGGCACCGCGGUGCGCUGUGGUGUUAUUGGAGAGCUGGGCUGCUCGUGGCCUCUGGAUGAGACGGAGCGACGUGUAUUGCAAGCAGCUGGCACCCUGCAGGCCGAUGUCGGGUGCCCAGUCAUUGUGCACCCUGGGCGUCACAUCUCCUCCCCAGCAGACAUCACCCGCGUCUUACUUGAAGCCGGCGGGAAAGCACCGAAGAUCGUUAUGUCUCACCUCGACAGGACCUUGUUGGAGCGAGAGGCUCUGCUCGAGUUUGCAACACUCGGAACCUACCUGGAGUUCGACCUGUUUGGUACAGAGAUCCUCGAUUACCAGCUCAACCUCGAUAUCGACAUGCCGAGCGACAAUGAACGAAUACACUGGAUUGAGUUCCUGUUGGCGGAGGGGCUGGAGAAACGCCUACUUGUGUCACACGACAUUCACACCAAACACCGCCUCACCACGUUUGGUGGACAUGGGUUUGAGCACAUCCUCACGAAAAUCGCACCAAAGAUGCUGCGGCGUGGGAUGUCUCAGCACGUACUCGACUGCAUCCUGCGUACAAACCCGCAAACAUGGCUCGCCUGGCCUGAGCAGUGACUCCGUUUGAUUGGAGGCCUGGGUACAGACAAAGGCUGCUAAAACCUUUUUUUUGUAUUCCCGGAAACCGAAUGAAAAGAAAUAUUAAGACCUGUUGCCAGUUUGCCCCACACUUAGAAAUGUUUAUCAAUAUGGAUAACAUUCAUCUUUUUUCAUUGAGAAAUUGGAGGGAGCUGUCGUGGGGUAAUGGUCAGCAGCACACUGGACUCGCGUUCCAGAGGUCACAGGUCGAUCCCGUCUCCCAGUGUGGCAGUUUAAACAACGGCGAACUUUUUUUCAAUGCCCCCCAGUUCUGUCCACCCAGCAGCAUAAAUGGGUAUGCUACAGUCACUCAGCAGGUCACGUGCAGUGGGAUCAGGUGUGGGUACUGCCACCUCUUCCAAGAUGCCUGCUCAGUGUGGAGGAGAAGACAAUACAGCUUGAAGCUCCCUCUGGUGGAGGCUCUUCUGCCAGCAGUAACGUGAGCCGGCAAUUGCAGGAUUGCACCUUUACCUUUCAAAUAAGAAACGUGGGCAAAUGUACUCGGGCUGUCGUGCGGUUUCUACGGUUGUGCGUGCAUGUUAGUGUAAUUUCACACGUUAUCUCUUCCUCCAUUUUGGAACUGAUGGAAAUCACAGUCUGCCACAUUUUAUUACCAUUUUCUGUACCCAGUGACCUUGUGUCAGCCUUCGAUAUUCUCUAGAAAGAGCACUAGUUCUCUAUGUAGCAUUCUUUAAUGUGAUUAUAUUUUAAAAUGUUGAGUUGCAUAUAUGACUGUGACGAUUGAAUGUAUUUUCCUCAAAGUGAUUAUGAAGGAUUUAACAAAAUGCAAAUGAAUUAUUAAAUAUUUUAUGAAAUUCAAAAUAAUCUCUUAAGAUCCGAUUUAGUUGAUAAUUAAGAUCAAGAAGUCAGCAUGGACAAUGCCGUUGAUGCCACCACACCUCACGACCAACACUUUCUCCCCUCCGCCAGAUCCCACAGCUACUGCAGAGUAGACACGCGACCUCCAAAGUCUGCGCUCACAGCAUCCCACCACCAUAUCUGCUCUUAGGGCUUCCCAUGGUGGAUUCGUGGAGACCACUCAAAAACCUGCCUUGCCUCAGAUUCCCACACCUUUAAACUCAAACUUGUAUCUUUUUAAUAGUGAUUUCCAUAACUAUCAGCUGACAAUGCGCCUCCUUCCAAUAUCUAUCUCCCCACAUACAAGUUAAAACAGUAUGAGUAAAUGACUUAGUGGGACCCCCUGAUACCCAAACAUUAAAAACUCGUGAAUGAUGUCACAGACCUCCCCCAUUCACCCACCAUCACAAGGCCCGCAUUGUUACUUUUCCCUUCUUGAUGCAAGACCGUUACUCUGCCGUGCGUGUACACGGCGACACCCAACUCUCUCUCUCUGCCAGGAAUUUUCCACCAGUGUUCCCUGCUACCUAGUGCUAGCUCCAUACAAAACAAGACCAUGAUGUCAUUAUGUUCUUGGCAAGUGCAACUAAGGUAGCACAGUGAUCGUGUUUUCCAUGGUGGACACAGGCUACCUAUCCAUAUGCCACAAUCCCACCAACUCCACGAGUCAGCAGGUGUGAAUUUUGCCGUGUCGCUCGGAAUCUCACGCAGCAUUAACACUUUGAUAGUCUGAUGGUGUGCACACUGGUGCGGUACCACCUAUUUGAGUGUGGCUGAGAACUUGCACAAAGCAAAACCAUUGCAUAGAGUAACAGACAAUACGCCUCCAUUAAAUAUCUGUCACUCCGUGUAAAAAAUACAAGCAUGUAUGCAUCACAAAGCAUAA